AUGAGCUCCAGGAACCGCUCCGCCGCCGCCGCCGCCGCCUCCUCGUGCGUUGCCCCGGCUGCGGCGCCGUCUCUCCGGACGCCGCGCCGCCUGAGGCGUCGGCCGGUUAAGGCGCCGACCGGCGCGCCCGGCGGCGGGCGGCGGAGCGGGCCCGCGACGCCGCUGCUGAAAUGGGACGUGGGUGGCGGGCGCGGGGAGGGGAGGAAGGGGGCUGGCGCCGCUGACGAAGCGCGGGACGCCGCGCGGGAGACCAAGGCGAGGGAGGUGUCGGUGCGGAGGCUCGCGGCCGGGGUCUGGCGGCUGCGCCCGCCGGAGGCCGUGGCCGGGGGCGGCGGCGGCGGCGGCGGUGGCGAGAGCAGGGUCCGCGUGGGUGUCGAGCAUAUCCCAAGGCAUCUACAAGUCCAGCUUCUGAAGCAGAACACUUCAGGUCAUCACCAGAGUUUGAAGAAUGAGGUUUCAAGCCCCAUAUCUGUUUUGGAGCGGAAGAGUGGAGAGCUCCACAAGGUACAACUUCAUGCUACUUCUGCUAUGCUGCCUGUCACUACCAUGGAGAAGGCAACAAAAUGGGAGCCUGGGGACAUAAAGGGAAUGGAAUCACAUGAUGCGUAUCUGAUAGCCAGCCAGCUAAAUCUUCUUAAUGAGCAGCAAGAUACAGCGUAUGUUGCUAAUCUCCAGAUGGAGCUCCAGCAAGCACGUGAUAGGAUAAGUGAGCUGGAAACUGAGCGGCGAUCAGCUAAGAAGAAGCUUGAUCACUUGUUCAAGAAACUUGCAGAGGAGAAAGCAGCUUGGAGGAACAGAGAGCAUGAAAAGGUGCGUGCUAUUCUCGAAGAUAUGAAGGCAGACCUUGACCAUGAGAAGAAAAACCGGAGGCGUCUGGAGAUGAUUAACUUGAAACUCGUUAAUGAGUUGAAGGAGGCCAAGAUGUCAGCAAAACAGCUGUUACUAGAGUAUGAUACAGAGAGGAAGGCACGUGAGCUCACUGAGGAGGUGUGCAACGAGCUAGCAAGAGAGGUGGAGGAAGACAAAGCUGAGAUUGAGGCCUUGAAACAGGACUCUCUGAGGUUGCGGGAGGAGGUAGACGAGGAGCGGAAGAUGCUGCAGAUGGCUGAGGUGUGGCGUGAAGAACGGGUGCAGAUGAAGCUUGUUGAUGCAAAACUUACUCUCGACGCAAAAUACACACAGCUGAGCAAACUGCAACAGGAUGUUGAGGCUUUUAUUGCUGCAUGCAGUACUGCAAAUGGAAACAUAACAGUAGUAGAGGAAGCAGAGAACAUAAUACAGGCAAUCAAGUCAGUCAGAGCCCAAGAUGCUGAAUUCAGAUAUGAGCCACCAGCAGCAUCAGAAGACAUAUUUUCCAUUUUUGAAGAGCUGCGUCCAAGUGAGGAGCCUGUCAUCAAGGAGAUUGAGCCAUGCUACAAGAAUAGCUCUGCCAAAUGUGAAUCAGAAAUUCAAGAGGCUAGCCCAAUGACCGAUAUAUUCCUUGAAAAGAAAGCCAAGACAUACUCAAACAAAAGCCCUAAAGAUGAAAGCGACACUGAAGAUAGCAGCAGCUGGGAGACAAUAAGCCAUGAAGAUAUGCAGGGUUCAAGCGGUUCACCCGACGGAAGCGAACCUUCAGUCAGCAACAAGAUCUGCGAGGGAAGCAUUUCUUGGAAGAGCAGGAAUGGUUUCGAGUAUAGGGAGAAUGAGAAGCUGAAAGAUGACUUAGCUGAUGGCUACCUGACAAACAUGAACCAACCCAAGAAGAAAGAAUCAGCCAUUUCAAAGCUCUGGAAAUCAUCCCGCCCAAAGAACAGUGAGAUAUGCAAGAAAGAUGCAGUUGAAACGGUAAAUGCAAGAUCAUCCAAUGUACGGCUCUCAGUUGGGACUUAUUCCACUGUUGAAAGUGGCAUCCAAGAAAUAGGACUCAGUCCACCGAGCGUCGAGCAGUGGAGCUCGCCAGACUCGAUGAACAUUCAAUUCAACCGGGGCUUCAAGGGCUGUAUAGAGUACCCGCGGACGUCCCAGAAGCACAGCUUGAAGGCAAAGCUCAUGGAAGCACGGAUGGAGAGCCAGAAGGUCCAGCUCCGCCAGGUGCUCAAGCAGAAGAUCUAG